CCCCUCUCUUCCGCCCCGCCUUCCCUCCCGCGCGUACUUCUCAACCUCCUCUCGGGUCCUCUUCCCCGCCUCGAGCCACCUUCCUGCCUUCCUGCCUGCCUGCCUGCCUUCCUUCCCAUCCACGAUCUCGCGAGACUUGGGCCCCCCGAACAUUGCGGAUCGGGCCGGCGCCAUUUUGGGAGCGAGGCUGGCGGUGGGGGAGGGAAAAGCGGCAAAAGGGGAUUAUUCAAAGUACCGAAAACCUCCUCCCGGGAUCGAGCGCCGCGGCACCCCCAGGCCAGGGGCACCGCUGCUGGGGCAGAAGGUGAUUGAAUUAUGCAGAUAUGAAGAUCAUCUUCUAGGUUUUUAAAAAAGGCCUCGGAUAUUUCAAGUGGCCAUUUUGGAAUUACAGUUCUGUUUUUUUUUCUUUUUUUGGGUAAUUUUGCCCCAGAAGUUUAUUAAAAUUGACAAGAAUCAUCUCUGAAGUGAAUUGAUAGUAGUAAGCCAAUUCAACGAGCUGCUAAAAGACCCAGUCAUUUCUUCAGUAUUUUGGUUCAAACGGAUUAUAUAAGUGGUUAAAGUAUUUCGUCUGGUGUUAUUUUCGUCUCUUCCCCCUCUCCUGUUGGUGUUCUUCAGCCAAAACUGUAAGAUAUGUUUGAUUUGUGUACUGAGUAGUUUCAAAUUACUGUUUAAAUAUUGCUGAAGUUUCGUGGCAGUUCUUUUUACCUUUAUUGAAAGUUUUAGUAAUUUUUGACUUCGGCUCUUUUCCUAUUACAAUGGGACAGCUUUUCUAAAUGAAGACAUUGAAAGAAUACAGAGUUUUUUUCCCUUUUCCCGUUUCUUUACUUGGGAGAGUAAGAUGUUCCGGUGUCACACCAGCAUGGUAGGAUUGAGAUAGCCAUUUGUCUCUGUGUAUGCUGAUGUGUAGAAGUAAGCUUCAGAUGUGAAGUUUUCUUUUUCUGCUUUCUGCACAUAAAUUGGAUAUUUCAUCUGGAGUGGAUAAGUACAACAGUGACAAAUACAUGGAAUAAUAAAGAAGACCUUGCUCUUGAAUCCAAGGAACUUGGCUAAUUCUGGAUAGAGCCAUAUGAAAACUUCAAAACAAAUAUGGGUAGCUGACUUCAAAUAACUCUAUGUCAAAUAGUCGUAGGUUAAGUAUCUUCAAAGAACUUGGAUAUUUCAGAGGAUACAAAAUAAAAAAACAAACUGGAAAACAUAAAGCUUAUAGAGAAAAAACCAGCACCUUCCUGUGCAGUCCUCUUGGAAUUUGUAAGUACUCUAUGGGACUUGCCAUGAGGUGUUGAAGCCUUGUUUCACUGAGUUGGAGAGACUGGACCUAAAUGGCGCAGCAUGACUUUGCUCCAGCCUGGCUUAAUUUUCCUACUCCGCCAUCAUCAACAAAGUCAUCAUUGAAUUUUGAGAAGCAUUCUGAAAAUUUUUCAUGGACAGAAAAUCGUUAUGAUGUGAGUCGUCGACGACACAACUCUUCAGAUGGCUUUGAUUCUGGUAUUGGACGUCCUAACGGAGGUAAUUUUGGGAGGAAAGAAAAAAAUGGAUGGCGUACGCAUGGCAGAAAUGGUACAGAAAACAUAAAUCAUCGAGGGGGAUACCAUGGUGGAAAUUCCCGUUCUCGUAGCAGUCUUUUCCAUUCUGGAAAAAGCCAAGGACUACAUGAAAACAGCAUCCCUGACAAUGACACUGGGAGGAAAGAAGACAAGAGAGAACGCAGACAGUUUGAGGCUGAGGACUUUCCAUCUUUAAAUCCUGAAUAUGAGAGAGAACCAAAUCAGAAUAAAUCUUUAGCUGCGGGUGUAUGGGGCCUACACGCCCAGACACACACAUACCCAACCAAAAAAAUCUCCCAAGCUCCUCUCUUAGAAUAUCCCCCGAAUCCUAAAUCUAGAGCUCCAAGAAUGCUGGUCAUUAAGAAAGGUAAUACAAAAGACUUACAGCUAUCUGGAUUCCCAGUAGCAGGAAACCUUCCGUCACAGCCAGUUAAGAAUGGAACUGGUCCGAGUGUUUAUAAAGGCUUAGUCCCCAAACCUGCUGUUCCACCUACAAAACCUACACAAUGGAAAAGCCAAACUAAAGAAAACAAAGUUGGGACUUCUUUUCCUCAUGAAUCUACAUAUGGUGUUGGCAACUUUAAUACUUUCAAGUCAACCGCCAAGAGUAUUAGUCCAUCAACAAAUUCAGUGAAAGAGUGUAAUCGUUCAAAUUCUUCCUCGCCUGUUGACAAACUUAAUCAGCAGCCUCGUUUAACUAAACUGACACGAAUGCGCAGUGAUAAGAAGAGUGAGUUUUUGAAAGCAUUGAAAAGGGACAGAGUAGAAGAGGAACAUGAAGAUGAGAGCCAUGCUGGCUCAGAGAAGGAUGACGACUCAUUUAAUUUGCAUAACAGCAAUAGUACUCACCAAGAAAGAGAUAUAAACAGAAACUUUGAUGAAAAUGAAAUUCCACAAGAGAAUGGCAAUGCUUCGGUGAUUUCUCAACAGAUCAUUCGUUCUUCAACCUUUCCACAAACUGAUGUUCUUUCCAGUUCACUUGAGGCAGAACACAGAUUAUUAAAGGAGAUGGGCUGGCAGGAAGACAGUGAAAAUGAUGAAACAUGUGCUCCCUUAACUGAGGAUGAAAUGAGAGAAUUCCAAGUUAUUAGUGAACAGUUACAGAAGAAUGGGCUGAGGAAAAAUGGUAUUUUGAAAAAUGGCCUGAUCUGUGACUUCAAGUUUGGACCCUGGAAAAACAGCACUUUCAAACCCACACUUGAGAAUGACGACACAGAGACAAGUAGCAGUGACACGUCAGAUGACGACGAUGUGUGAAGGAUUUCCUAACAGCUUUAGACAUUUUAGUGUGAUCCAUCUCUCAUGCCGUUUGGGGUGAAUUGUAAAAAUGAAGAACUAUAAUUUAUGUAGUGAACUACCCCAUUAGAAGAUGAUUUUUUUGGGGGACUUCAAUAUGAAGAAAACCAAGAAUGUUGUGUUGGGCUGUGUUGAACAUUAUUUCUUUGUAAAUGAAUGUUGUAGAAAUGAGGACUUUGGUUGAUCCAACAUUGACUCUCUUCAUCACUGCAGCAUUUCUCUGACUAGCAAUGUGACGAUGUAACAAAUGAGAUUUUCUCAUUUAAUAAUAAAAAAUUGUGUAAUGUUUUGCAAAGCUUCUGUCUUAAAAUGUUCAGGUCUUAAGGUCAAAGGCAGCUUACAGUUUUGCUUGCAGAGUCAUACCUUCUUCCAACAGUGGAGACCUUCAACUCUACUUUGUGCACCUUCUUGCCCCACUUCCCCCUAAAACAAAACAAAACAGCAAAAAGGAAAACAUAGCAUGUUGGCUAAAACUGGAGCAAAGUGCACUAAAACAUUAACUUCUCGAACUGAAGUCUUGUACUAAGUCACCUUUCAAAACAAAUUGCUCUUUAGCCCUUUGUAGCGCAGUGGAUGGGAGAGAGGAGACGUGCCAGGUGUUCUUCCAGGCGUUCUUCGAGCUUUAGGAGGUGCUUGUCAAGAGCUUUCUUUAUUUGGUGUAUUGUCAGAUCAGGAUUUUCAUAGCUGAUUGGAAGACUUGUGGGAAAACUUAUUUUGAUAAAUUAUUACACAUGCAGAAAACCUGAUCACACUGACUGGAUCUGUCCACAACAUGGAAAAUAAACUGGAUUUUCAGAA